AUGGCGUCUGCAAGUAGGAUGGAGGACGGUUCCUUGGAUCUUACCCAAAGUAUUGAAGAUGAUCCCCUUCUAGAUGCCCGUCUUCCACCACACCAUUCAUUGCAAGCUCAAUUUAGACCCAGAUUUCAUCCUCUUCCUACAGUCAUAAUAGCAAAUCUUCUCUUGUUAGUACACGUUGUGUUUGUUGUUUUAGCGUUUUUAACAGGUAUGCUUUGUUCUUAUCCUAAUCCACAUGAGGACAAAUGUCCAGGAAACUACACGAACCCGUUGAAAGUUCAGACAGUCAUAAUCCUUGGAAAAGUUAUUUUGUGGAUUCUGCAUAUAGUUCUUGAGCGCUACAUCCAGUAUCACCACAGCAAAGUAAGGAAACGAGGCUAUAACAUGAUCUACCGAUCCACCAGCCAUCUUAAAAGACUUGCAUUGAUGGUACACUCCAUGGGCAACACAGCACUUCUUCUCUUACUGAGCAUUCAGCAUUCCUUUCCUGAGCCCAGUAAAUUGUAUCUUGACUUCAUUUUGGCCAUCCUGGGCCUGGAACUGAUCUGUUCCGUGACAUGUCUGCUAAUUUACACAGUGAAAGUUCAAAAUUUUAAUAAUGCUAAAGCAAGACCUGAUGUACUUGAAGAAGAAAAAAUCUAUGCUUAUCCCAGCAAUAUUAACUCGGAGACUGGAUUCAGGACUAUUUCUAGCCUAGAAGAAAUUGUUGAAAAACAAGGAGACAUCAUAAUAUACCUGAAGCGACACAAUGCAUUGUUGAGUAAACGAUUAUUGACUUUCAUGUCCUCUGACCUGUGCUCUCAGCCAAGUAGAAUAUGA